AUGGGCAUCUUGAUGGAUUUGAUCCCUAUUGUGGUUAUAUGGAGAGUGUGGCAAAGGAGGUGCAUUGCACGCAUGGAGGGAAAACAAGAAACUGUUCAACAAGUUUGGAGCUCGAUUAAAUACUGGAUAAAGGUGCUUGAAGCCGAAAUCUCCAAGGUAAAAAGAUUGCCUGAACGUGAUUUACAAUUCUUGCAUCGUUUGGACAUCCCAAUUGUGGAUUCGAGGCCUUCCAAGGCAUUUGUAGUCCGCUGGUUGAGGCCUUCUUUUGGGAAGUUGAAACUGAACUUAGAUGGCAGCUCUUUCGAGAACCCAAGACUUGCUAGAGAAGUGGGAAUUCUUCAAAAUCAUGAAGGAAGGUUUGGGUUUGCUUUCUCAAAAUUCUUUGGUUCUUGCACUAAUAAUGAAGCUGAGUUUCGAGCAAUUGUAGAGGGAAUAAAAUUUUGCCGUUAA